GCACCCGGAAGUAAGCGAGGGGCAAGCUUCGUGUGUUAGCGGUGUGUUGAGCGGCGUCUUCUCCUGCUUCUUUAGUGCUUCUUUAGUGCUCCUUGUCACUUUCAGUCCGGGGUUGAAAGUUACUCUCGCCAGCCAUAAUGUCCGUGUUAUGCUACAACAAGGGAUGCGGGCAGCGUUUCGAUCCGGAGAACAACCCGGACGAAGGCUGCAUACACCACCCAGGCGUCCCCGUCUUCCACGACGCACUCAAGGGAUGGUCGUGCUGCAAGAGAAGGACCACCGACUUCUCCGACUUCCUCAGCAUCGCGGGCUGCACGAAAGGCCCCCACAACAAAGAGAAGCCCCCGGAGCCGGUGAAACCAGACGUGGACGAACAGAAACCAAAGUUUAGCGAGUACAUCAUCUCCGCACCGAAGCCUCAGGAGGCUAUUUGCAGACCAAGUGCUGACGAGCCUCUGGUGAGGUUGCUCCAAAAAGUGUCCACCUCUCUGAAGCAAGCUCUGGAAAAACUCAAGCUGACUGACAACUCGAAUGCUGAGAAACAAGAAGAAGACGACUGCGAGGUCAAGACCGGGACGACGUGUAAAAAUGGAGGAUGCACGAAAAGUUACGACGGCCCCGCAACCGACUCGGACGUGUGCUUAUUCCACUCAGGAUUCCCAAUCUUCCACGAAGGAAUGAAGUACUGGAGCUGCUGCAAGAAGAAGACCUCCGACUUCAACACGUUCCUCUCCCAGGUGGGAUGCACCAACGGCUCACACGUGUGGAGGAAAAAGGAUGAGGGUAAGAAGGUGGUUCCGUGCAGAUUCGACUGGCACCAGACCGGCUCCCAGGUCAUCAUCUCCAUCUACGCCAAGAACGGCGUGCCCGAGCUGAGCUACGUGGACGCCAACAGCACUACGCUCAACAUCCACGUGGUCUUCGAAGGCGAGAAGGAGUUUGAGCAGAAGAUCAGCCUGUGGGGAGUGAUCGACGUGAGCAAGAGCGUGGUCAACAUGAUGGCGGCCAAGAUCGAGAUCGCCAUGAAGAAGUCCGAAGCCAUGUCGUGGGCCCGCUUGGACCUCCCUCCCCCCGUAUCUCCGCCAAAGGAGGACCAGAAGAAAGAAGAGGACGACAGUGACGAAGAAAGCGAAUGACAACGUCAAAACUUUAGCAACUCCUGGACUUUCCCAUCAUGCUUUGCAAUUAGAGCACUUCAUCUUGGUGCUCGCUGUUGGUCCAAGUUUCUUAAGGUUUUUUUUACAUGGCUGAAAAUCAUAUUCAAUUGUCAUUUUGCUGCAGGACUAUUCAUCCAUCCAUCUGGACUUUUCCACUUUGAGCUGCUAAAAUGUUCUUUUCUGAUAUUCCAGCCCAGAUUUCAUGAAUGAAAAAGGAACCAUCAGAUUGUCCUAACCCACCAGAACGUGCUUGAAUGAUCAUGUCUCCAAGUGUAUAUUCCUAAUAAAGUGGUCUAAGACCCAA